AUGCCUUUGACCAAACCUGUACCGGCCGCUGUGCGGCAGACGAUGUGGACUGCUUUCGACAAUCUGGAAAAAACGAUUGCCCCACAUGAUUCCAAGGACUUUCAUUCUGCAACUUUACAGAGCGUUCGACAGGAAGCCCUUGACAUCGAAAAUCAAUUGGCUGCCAGACAAUCACUGCGCAAUAUGCGACGUCUGAUGCCACUGUUUACGGCACUCGAGCAUUACUCCAGCGUCGUACACAUUCUCUGCAAUGGAACACAGUUUUUGCCAUGGAUAUGGGCUCCGAUCACCCUCAUCUUGCGGAUCUCAUGCGAAUACAUUGAGGCCUUUGAUAUGAUUAUCAAAGCGUACAGCAGAAUUGCAGAAUCGAUGCCACGAUUUCAGAUUCUUGGAGACACCUUCUAUGGCGAUGCGAAGUUCUAUGAAGCUCUAGCGGCAUUUUACGCAGACAUAUUGGAAUUUCACAAGCAUGCCUAUAAAUUUGUUCGUCGAAGUGGUUGGAAACUCUUGUUUCUUACAUCAUGGGGCAGAUUCCAAAGGCGAUUCGACAACAUCCUAGAUGAUAUGAAACGACAUGAGGACCUCAUUGACAAAGAAGCGAAUGCAAGAGAUAUUGCAGAAGCACGCAAGAUGCGUCAAGGAUUGGAUGCGUGGAAGAAAGCUAGCCUUGAGAAGAUUGACCACGACACCAAAGAACAGACGGUCAGGGAAUUUCAUGCCGCACAGUCAUGGCUACGCAUAGACAACUCCGACCAACUGGCUAUCUUUAAGUCCAUUGCCGACCAUGGCAACAAGUACUCGGGGACCUGUGGAUGGAUCCUCAAGAAUGCUAAAAUCCGGUUCUGGUUACAAAGGAAGCUGGAAACCCCCAUGCUCAGGUUGUCGGGCACUGCAGGUUCUGGGAAAAGCGUCAUAUCGACGCAACUGAUCAAGUUCAUGCAGGCAUCUGGGCACAUGACAGUGCUCUAUCAUUUUUGCAUGAACACUUCCCCCAAGUCAUCAGAAUAUGACCAGGUCUUAAAGUCUCUGCUUGAACAGCUACUUCGUCGCGACUCGAUUUUGACAGGGCACGUCUAUGACGACUAUAUUCUCAAAAAACAGUCAACAACGUUGCCACAACUUGAGCAGCUAGUCCUGACUCUUCUCAUAAGCUCUUCAGAGGAACACAGCAUGUUUUUAUAUGCCCGUCUCGUUCUGGACUACAUUAGCAAUAAUGUAUUCAUCCGAGGCGAUGAACUGAAAGAGUCUAUACAUAAGUUGCCCAAAAAGUUAUCUGAGUUCUACCAAAGGAUCCUGGCGCAAAUUUUGGCACCUCUUGAUUUGAAUUCCAAGAAGCAUAUUCAAUGCAUUCUCGGCUGGAUCGCUUACGCUAGGCGUCCAUUACAAAGAUUCGAGCUCCUGUCUGCUCUGGCAUUCUCGUCUGGCAAGACUGAUGUAGAGCUGCCAGCACCUGACUUUCUCCAAGGCUCCUUGACGGACCUAGUACUUGACGAAGAAGCUGCAUUGCAUCAACACUGUCUCGCCUCUGUCACCUGCCUUCUUUCCAGCUUAAGGCUUGUAGAACAAGACCGACAACAGGCGUAUCGCCUACUGGUUAAAGGAGUAUAUGGAAUUCAGAUUUACUCCGUCGAACACUGGACCGACUACGUUUUGUAUGUGGCAAAUUCGACAUGUGGCCUGCGCAUACCAUCAACUCUACAUGAUCAGCUUUGUCUAUUAUCAGAACGACUCACCAGCAUAUUCGGACAACCAAGCCAAAAUGAUGUAGUGGAGGACUCACUGAAAGACCCGAGGCUACAGUAUUUGCAGAAAUCCGAGGCUGUCUAUUUAUUAGUUCGGGCGGCGAUGAGUUCAAGGUCCCUGAAGCAACUUGAGGAAGACCUCAAACAAGAGCAAGACAUAUCGAGUAUCUCCUCUCAGGAGCUGGAGAAGUUCAGGAAUGAUUAUCGCACUUCUACUUAUACAUGCAGACUGCGAUCCUACUCCCGAGCAACAGCGGGCUUCGAGUCAAAGAAGCUUCGUAUUGACCACGAGCUCGGUCAUGUCCGGAGGUAUCGAUGCGACUUCCCCUCAUGCCCAUACCCUCCAUUUCGAUCCGACCAGGCACUUCGAACGCAUCCUCCUCCCCAGGCUGUUCAGCUACCAACGGAUGCCGAUAUUACCAGGUUUAGAUACUUUUUCACAGAGCCUCCAUCCCCAAAGUCUACCACUGUGCAGGAAUAG